GCCUGCUCGUGGCCGGGCGGGGCGCGUCCGCGAUGGCGCCGCCGGUGUCGGAGCGCUCCGGUGGGGCCGGGCCCGUGCUGCGCUCCGUCAACACGCGGGAGCUCUCCGAGGUCAUGUUCAACAACCACAGCCCCCGCUGCGUGCUGCCCGUCUGGCUGGACUUCGAGGGCCGGCCGCGCUGCUACCCGGUCCUGCAGCCGCGCAGCGGGCGCGUCAUGCACAGCUACCGGGGGCACCUCUGGCUGUUCCGGGAUGCAGGGACCAAUGACGGGCUGCUCGUCAACCAGCAGGAGCUGUUCGUGGCAGCCCCCAAUGUGACCAAAGCUGACAUCACACUGCCAGUGUUCACCCUGAAGGAGAGGUGUCUGCAGGUGGUGCGCAGUCUGGUCAGCCCAAUGGACUACAGGAAACUGGACAUUGUCCAGUCGUUAUACGAAGAGCUGGAGGAUCAUCCCGACAUUUGGAAGGAUCUUCGCCGGCUUUCUCUGGAGAAGAAUGAAGCACUGAGGAACUAAAUUGUGGACUAACAGGAUUACUCACCUCAGACUCCUCAUUACAAACCACUGAGUCUGAGCAAGAGUCGCCAGGAAACACACCAAGAACUGAUGCCUCUGUUUAACGUUUUGAAACAUAAACUAAGUAACUUUGGUGACACAACAGCACUGGGAAGCAUGCUGGGUUCUGAUGGUUCACUUCAUUUCUUCUUUGUAGGUUUUGCAAACUGUAGGGUAAGAUCAGUGCAGCUAAAUGGAAAAUAUUCAUACAAAGUAACUUUCAUUGCAUUAGAAAGCAAAUUAUACCAAGGAUUAAUUUAGCCCAGACUAAUGGUUGUGUCAUCACUUUUGCUUGAGUCAUUUGUUUUGAUGGAAUUUCCCUUUCACACGUUGCCUCAAUGUGCCUGUGGGUCACAGAGCAUGAGGGGUUUGGUUUGUACAUGAGGGUUUCCAGCAGUGCCUGAGGGUCUGACAAACAUUAUUACAUUGGUGGAAGGAUGAUGUGUAAAUGCUUGCAGGUUAUUCUUUCUCUUACCUGUCCAUGUACAAAGCCAUGUCCUAUCUGCUCUAGGUCUGACAUGUUUUCACUGUCAUCAUACCUCAAAUGCCUUAUUUGCCUUUGUCAUAGGAUUCUUGCCUAGCUGAUCUCAGCCACACAGACCAGACCCUCAUUUUGGAACACCUUUGUCCCCCACAGCUGCUUCCCCAGCAGCCUGUACAGGGUUCACAGGAGGUAGAUGCUUUAAGUUCUGUCUUUUCCCCUCGCAGUGCUGUAGUCCAAGUUGUAGUAGGAGGCCUUUUCAGGGAGCGUGGGCCUCUUGAGCUGCCUGUGUCUUCUCAGGACCAGUGGGAGCUGUAUUGGCUCGCACAGCCAGCUCACAAACAGGGCCAUGCUUACUGGCAGGCUGGAGAUGGAGAGAUAAUAUUUCUUUGCCUGUAUUCUGUUCCCCACUUCUCAGUGGAAUGUGCUCUGGUGUGAACACAGAGAGUUCAAAGCAGCAUAGUUUAGUGUUACAUGAUUUAAUUGUCCAUCAAGCAAAAUGUGGUGCAGCUCGGGUUAGAAGCAGAUUGGUUGGAGAUUGAUUACAGCAGGUUAUUUCUGUGAAUAUGUUUCCCUCCAGUUAUACAUUCUUAGAGUCUCAAUGUAUUUUGUAAGUAUGGAAUGUCUCCUUAUUUGUAAACUUAUUCAUCUUAUGUAUUUGAAGAAAUUUAUCUUUGCCAUAAAAAUGGAAAUGCA